UUUAGUGAGACUUUUUUUCCAUGCCAUUUUUUUCCUAAGAGAAGGUAGGAGGAGCCGGACUGAGAAGUGUGCCUCACUCUCUCUCUCUCACACACUCUCACACGCUGCCUCUCUUCCAUUCUGUCAUUGCCAUCUCGGCAGUACGGACACUGUUCAUUACCAGCCACCCUGAAUGUUGGGGGAACAGCACACAUUUGACUUGAAGUCACAUUUCACAAAGGAAUACCAAUUUUCUUCACAAUAGCCAUAAGGAUCGACAAGAACAAGAGGAAGACACAGUAAGAAAAAAACUAUUACAAGGAUUUCUUCUUUCGUUUUCUUUUGUAAUUAAAUUGAGAACCACAUGACAGCUGGUUUUGUCACUGGAUUCUUUCACACGACAAGACGUGAGACACUGCUUUCUAUUUGUUUGCUGGUGGGCAUUUUAGUUUCACUUUGAGAGAGUUUACAGACUUAAAGCACAAUGGUUGCAGGAAUGCUUAUGCCCCUGCGGGACCUAAGGGCCAUCUAUGAAGUCCUGUUUCGAGAUGGUGUCAUGGUGGCUAAGAAGGACAAGAGGCCUCAAAUCAUGCACCCUGAAGUACAAAGUGUGAGCAACCUACAAGUAAUGCGUGCCAUGUUGUCUCUGAAGUCCAGGGGAUAUGUGAAAGAAACAUUUGCUUGGAGACAUUUCUACUGGUACCUGACCAAUGAUGGUAUUGUUUACCUGCGCGACUACCUCCACCUGCCCGCCGAGAUUGUACCUGCCUCUUUGCAGAGGAUUAAGAAGCCAGCUGCCACUCUGGCCAUUGUCCACCGGGCUGCACGGGUCCAAACUGUAGAAGGUCCUACGUCUUAUGUUCCAAAGCCAGGACGCAGGGGUGAAGCAGAGAGCCAAGAGGCACUGACCGAGCGUCAGAGCUACCGCCAUAGGAUGACGGGUCCUGGAGAAAGAGAGAAUUACUCUGAUAAGACCCUCAGGUUUAGAGGUCGUCCACUGAAUGCAGAGCCAGUCAGGCCAAAAGCCUCAUGGGAAGUGGAGGAUCAACCUCAGUCUGCUUUCAGGAAGGGCCCCAGCUUCAGAAGUGAAGUACCAUUGAUGGAAGAGAACAGGGAGAAAAGAUUUGCUCGUAAGGAGCUAAAUAUGAGUGAUGCAAAGCCAGCAACAUCAUCACAAGAGAGGAGAGUGUUGGAGGUCCAAAAGACAAAGGUACCAAGUUCUGCUGCAGCAGCUUUGAAACGGGAUGUGUCACAGACCACUCUGACAUCCUCCAAACCGCCCCACCAUUAAGUGUGGCUGCUGUAGCUGAGGCUACAGGUGCUGCAACAUCAAAGAUUCCGGCUGAACUCUCUGCUCCCAACACAAUUAAAGAAUUAAAGAACAAAGAGAAGUCUAA